GUUUAUCCGCGCGAGGUUUUCUUCCCUUUUCUUUCAAAAUCUAUGUAUUUCGUUAUCGACGUGUAAUGGAUAGAAAUUACGUCGCUGCCACAGCACGAAUAUCCAUUCGGAAGGUGGAAAAGCGGCAACGUCGCUUCUUCCCCCUCGAUCCUUUAUAUCCAUGAUUUCCCCGGCAGUAUGGAAAUGUUUGAAACCGGGAACAGUCGAGGCGGGUUGUCCCGUGAUGGCCUGAUGACGUAAACGUAAAAAAGAAUAGAAACGAGAAAACGUAUUGCACAAACGUGUUUUUUUUUUGCAACGAAAUGUCGUAGUGUAGAAUAGAAGAGCGUUAACAGGUUCCAACAACAGAUUUACCGCAUUUCAAACCUCAAAAACUGAUUCGUCAAUUAUCUAGAAUAUUAAGUCAGUCAGGGGAUUCAUGUCCUAUCCUACAUACAAUACAAACAUCCCAGGGAAGUCGCUUAGGGGAUGGCGUGUCUGCGUUAUCUCUAAUUAGGAAUCUGGACCUGACCAAUCGCAACACCGAAAAGGCCUCCCAGUAGCAUCGCGGUAGUCUGGCGCGAUUCGUAAGUUGGCGGGUCCCUCCGCCCAGUAAGGGCGCAGAUUACGACCUGCUCAUCGUGGACUACGCCCCCCUGUUGAUGGACGGCAACGCCGCGGGAGCCAAUAGCGGCAACACCGCAGACGACGGUGAGGAAGCCGGAUGGAACUGUAGCGUACAUCCCAGUGUAUUCUUUUUACUAGGUACCUUAGUGUUGACCACCUGCGCCACAGGUAUGCUCUGUGCAGCAAUAAUGAGCGAUCACUGGGAGGAAGUCACCUGGGAUAUGGAGAAACUAGGAAUUCUCGCCAACGGGACCGUACGACUGACGUGGCUGUUGGAUAAAACGGUGGCCAGGGUGUCCACCAACGAUCAGCGAGAUCGUACGAUGGCUUUUUUGGUUCCUAUGCACGGUGGGAUUUGGACUUUAUGUCUAAGCCUUACAGAGGAAGACAUCGCCCUUUUAAGCACAAUUGGAUUUCCCACUGUCCAGCCUUGCGUAAACUAUUUGUCUGGCACUUCAGAGGGUCUCAGAGGAUUUGAACCUAGGGCAGAUUGGCAGCAUCGCAUGCAAAACUUAUCAAUAUCGUGCGCACUGGUUUGUCUAAUCAUCCUGGGUAGUGCUGCUCUAGUAGGAGCAUUUGGAGUCUUCCAGCAUCAAAUCAGUGCUGUAUUAGUGACAGGCGUAAUGUAUCUAUUAGCUGCUUCUUUUGCCCUGUUUACUUUAACAAUAAUCCACUUUAAAAGGCUGCAUAUCAAGCCACACUCAGAAUUACAUGAAGGAACAGUAGACGGGGUUGUUAGUCCCCAUGGCGGUAGAGGGAUGGGAUUGCUGCUCCCCGCCAGGAUUUUCAGCACAUCCUGGUCUUUGGAUUUAGGAUGGGGAGGCGUUAUGUUGUGCGUUAUGACCUCGGUGCUCUGGAUAUUAUUGAGCAAAAUUAUGAGGUUUAAUCCAAUCAGUAGCAUGAUCAACUGACAUCAGUGGGUUUAAUUUUUUUUUUCUUUUGGACUGACCUUCUGGCAGAUUACAAUAGGGCAUUCUGAGCUUUGCACAUGUAUAUCUCAACCGUAUUUCAACGCUUAUUUACUGUUGUAAACUAAUUUCACAAAUACUGCUGUAUAUAUAUUUUUUACGAAAAAACACUGUGCCUUUUCAAAAGAGUUUUUUGUGCUUUUUAUAAUAUUUUAUAUUAAUAUUGUUCUUUUUUUUUUAAAAGUAUAUUCAGACAUGGUUUUAAAAACGCUUCUACCAUUAUAAUAAUGUCAAUAAAUGAAUUAUGUAAAUUUAAGUGGCCUUAAAUAUUGGUUUCUAAAGAGUAUUGUUAAGGUGCUACAUUAUAGGGUAUCAAAAACUAAUUUUAACCAAUGUAAUUGCUAAGCCUUACAAUUAUUCUGGUCUGGUGGAAAUUAGAAAGUAGACAAUCAUAGUUCCUGAAAUAAAAUUCUUAAAAAAAAAAUUCAAUUCAAUCAUAGGUUUACUUUCAAUUUGCAUCAGGUAUAUUUGCAAUCAUUGCAAUGCCUAUAAUCUUAUAUAGGAAGUAAGAAAUUAUAAAACAAGAUAAACACGCAAAUUAGAGGAUUAUGCAAAAUCAGAAUUAUUUACACAAUCCAGUUAAAACUGGAUCUAACGGUAUGGCUGUUUAUUAACAUUAGUACAAUUUUUUUUAAGAUCAGGUGGUAUUUAAGCAAACGUGUAAUAUAUGCUUUUCUAGGCAGGGCCUAACAUUCCUUUUCUCAUGGAAAAAUAUUUAUAAGUCUGACAUAGUAAUUAACACUUAUUUUUGCUAAAGUACCUAGAAAACAUGAAAAUUUUGUAGUCUUAAGAGUUGUAAAUGUAAUAAUUACAAUGCUUGUGAUUUAAAAUCGGGUGAGUUUUAUUUAUUUAGUAAAAAGAUGCCUGCAUAUACCUUCUUUUUACUCACAGCUUAGUCAUUGUAUGCUUUUUAAAGAAUCAUGUGUAUCCUAUUUUAGUACACUUGAGUUUUGACAAUCGAGCAUUCAAUAUUUAUUUAUUAAAUUUGUGUCUUGUUUUUUAAAGGCCAUUUUCUUGUUUAUUGUGUAAGUAUAAAAGGAGAAGUUCUAAAAGAACAAAGUUUUUUCAUUGUCAUAAAGAAUUCAUCUCAGGUUUCUCGAAGGGGUUAAAUGUGUUGGAUAUUUUAUUUAUUUUUAUCUAUUAAAACAGUAAUUUCUGGGAUUAUUAUAUAUAGAAUGCACGAAUGAGCAUGAAUCCGAACGUUCCCCAAAAAUGUGAACAUUCCCAUAGCGUUAAAGAGUCAAAGUAUAAGCUCAAAUACCGGCCAGCCAAACACCUACCUACCAAUUUAAUGGAACCAAAAAAAAAAAAAACUCACUACCAAAUCUGGGGCUGAAAUUAAUACCAUUGAAGAUGAUUCUUCUGAGUCUGAUGAGUCUGAAUUUGAUUUAACAGAAAUUCUGAGUGAUUUAAAAUCAAGCAAGCACAAUGAGGGAGAGGAUAGUUCGGAGGAGAGUUCCUAAAUAGGUUGUUUGAAAGUUUAACUUAAUAAAUAGAACAUAAAUAAACACAAACAUUUUUAAUUUCAGAUAUUUUCCUAAUAUGUUUCCUUUGCAUUUUUUUCAUUGCUUGUAUGUGCUGAAAAUUCUCGUUCAUGCUCGAGGAACGUUCUCGAAAAAUAAAUUCUCAAGCAUUUUACAACACUAAUUAUAUACACCUUAAAAAUUCAACUGAAAAUAGAUGCACACUUUUUUUAGUUUACACAGAACUACAUUUAUGAGAAUUAUAUGGUUUCUCAAAUAAGUUAUUUGAAUUUAUUAGUGAGUGAAAAGAGACUGUAUGCAUUUUUAUGGAGCUAGGUAGUACUGAACUUUAUAAGGCACAUUUACACCAAGUUGCUUAUCAAUCUUACAAGAAUUUAUAUGGGGUUUGGACAUACAUUUAAGUAAUAGCCAUAAAACAAAUUAAGGCUCUUAUCGAAAAGAGUAUCAAGACGAAGCUUGGUCGGUGAUUGCUUGUUGAAUGUCAACAUAUAAUAUAAAACUAUUUAUUUUGCCUUAAAUGCAUUAAAAAAUAUUAUUUAAACUUGAAUUUUCAGUACACAAAAGGGACAUUCUAUUAACUAUUGUCUACAUAACCAAAUUAAUUAUGUAUAUAUCUAUACCGUUAUAUAGUGUGUGAUAAACUUACCUUCGGUAUUUUAAGUUAGGUACGUGAGAGUAUAUUACGGUUUACUUAAAAGACACUAAUCAGACUUGGAAUUCACUAAAAUCUUGAAAAAAUUUCGAAAAAAAACGGGAAAAUUAGAAAUUGCGCAUGCCGGACAGAUGCAACCAAAACAAAAA